UCGCUAGAUCUGGGCCGUACCAGAUGGAAGUGCAGCUAGAUGCAUGCGUGCAACUGCAAUAUAUGUAGAGCGGAUGUUCAGUCAAGUUGAAGCAUACGAGUAGUAGUAGUAGUAUGUCUUCAAUUGGCAUCCAAUUCCAUCCGUCCGGUCCGGUGCAUGCUUUUGCGGAUCAUGCUCACGUGCCAUCCCCACUCGUCCAUGAUUAGCAGGGUGAGUGCGUCGUGAGUAGUGAUGAUGAUGCUUCCGUUCGCCGUGCUAUGAUGGCGCACCGUCACCAACCAUCCCCGUCGAUCCGUUCACCCCACUGCGGCAUGUACGGUGAAGUGAAGCUAUACUUUCCAGUCCGAGGGAUUGCCCAAUUUGCCAUGCAUGGCUAACAGGAGGCAAAUGCUUGGCUGGCUUGGCUCUGGCACUUCAUCCGACAUGGUGGACUCCUCCUCCAGUGCACUAUGCAUACCUGGAGAAGAAGAAGAAGCAGCAGCCAUUUUUAAUCGCUCUCCUUUUUUUUAGUUUUAAGAAAAGAAACAUUGUCCUUUCUGCAAUUCCAGUGGGCUCUACUCUCCACACCCCCACACACGCCAAAAAAAGACAUUCUUUUGCCCUGGAGACAAACAGAUAUGAGAUAACCUCUCUGGCGCCGCCAUAUCAUCCAGCUCGGCAGCCCCAAACGCCCAAAUCUCGUUACUUUUUACAUCACCACCAAAACGACCAAAAUUGUUGGGUUUUUUUAUAGGAGCCAAAACAAUCGCGAACAGAGAAGAAGAGGAGUACGAGCGUGUGUGUGUGUGUGAGAGAGAGGGGGAAAAGCCAGAAAGGCGUCCUCUGUCCUCUCCUUUUCUCUCCCCUCCCUCCCUCCCUCCAAGCUCCAAUCCAGCAACCCCGGUCUCCCCACCCCACCUCACGCAGGCGGCAUUAAUGGAUUCCGCGGCCGCGGCCACCUCCCUCCACCACACCCGCCUCCUUCCCGCUGCGGCGAGAACCCUAACGUGACGCGCUGCCCCCGAACGGCUCCUCCUCCCUCCCUCCACGCCGUCGUUUGCUCCGGGUGUGCUCUCGUUGGGGGAGGGAAAAGAAAAGGUCGCUGCUUUUCUGUGUGGGCGUGGGUGGCGCGGCGGCCCAAUGCGGCUCGAUCCGGAUUGCUCCGCGCCUCGAUUUGCCUCGGGUUUGGCGCCGGCUCCGUGAGUCCCCGCGCCUGCUGCUGCCGCCGCCGCCGCCGCCGUUCCGCCUCGGAAAGGUUUAUUUAGUUGGUGAGGAGAAAUGGAUGUGGAGAAACCUGCUUCCAAGGGGCAUGGUUUCUUUGCGCUCUUCGAUUGGGGAAAGAAGUCUAAGAAGCGCCUGUUCGUCGGGAGCACGGGCAGUUCUCCAAAUCUGAAGAAUGCUGCAGAUGGGAAGGAUAUUGAUGAUAGUACACCAAGCACACGGUCAAAUUUGAUCCUUGAAGACACCCCAAGCUUGAAGGAAAGCACUGAACAUAGCUGCUCAUCUUCAGUAAUUGAUGAAGAGGCUCAUUCAAGAAGGAGCCCGACUGUUGUGGCUAGGCUUAUGGGCUUGGAUUCUAUGCCUGCGGCAAGCUCAACCGAAUCCAAUCCCAUGCCAUUAACCGUGCAACCACCUUUCCAAACCAACAGCCAUGAAGAUUUUAUUGGCAGAAGUUAUGUUGGUAGUCCCCUUAAGACGCCGGGUAGUCCUAUUGAUCGGUUUAAAGUGGAAGCACUGCCUCCUAGACUUGCCAAGAGGACAGUAUCUGUUGCACAGUAUAAGUUGCUGUCUCCCAUGAAAAAUCCUAACAAUAUAUCAAGCAGGAAUGCAGCUGAUAUAAUGGAAGCAGCAUCGAGGAUCAUCAGACCUGGAGUAGAAAAUAUCAGUCCCUACAGAGUUCAUGAUGUUGGGAGUGCAAUUGCUGCACGUGCCUACAACCCAGGAGAGCUCAUAGGAGCCCAACAAAGGUCACAGAAACUUAAUGAAGCACUGAGAAAAUGUGAUGGCCCUGCAUCUUUUAGGCCGCCAAGUGGAAAACCUUCAGAUGGAAGGUUGAGAGGUUCGGAGGGCACCUCGACGUCCAGGAUCUCACAGGCAAAUGUAUGUGUUCCAGUUGGUCCAAAGGUAAAAUCCGGCGAUAGAUUAGAUACUGCUCGAGCUAUGCAUGCCCAGGAAAAAAGAGGCAUGAGAAAAGGUGGUAGAAAGCUUGAAACUCUCAAGAACCCUGAAAAUAACAUGGCUAAAAGAAGUGGGUUGAACCGACAAAAGGAUAGUAACCAAAUCGGCACAACAAGUUCAUCCAGUGUGCUCAUGCCAAACAGCAGAAAACAGAAUGCUACAGCCACCAAACAUAAGGUGAACUCGAACCCAGCAACCCCCAGUAGACAACGGAGCAAUAUCCACCAGAUAAAUGCCCAUCCAAGAAAGGUGAGGGUGGCCAGCACAUUUGCUGGAAACAGUAGUCAAGGUAGCAGAAAAGUGGACUUGCAGCCAAAUGCUCAUGCUAACGUAAGAAAUAAUUCUGUACCCAAAGCAAUCCCGAAGCCAAGAAGAUUACAAGACAGGAGAGCGUACUCUGAUACAAGCCAGUCAAGUGAUAGUAUUAAUUCUGAGAGAAGCCAGAGGCGGAUUCGGCACAAUAUUGUGAUUGAUGAGCAGUCAUCUUUUUCAACAAACAAAAAGAAAGUCAGCACUGAGAUUGUUUCAUUCACAUUUACCUCACCAGUUGAUAAGUCACUACAUGGCAUCCACUUCCCCAAUCAUUCAGUAUUUACCUCACCAGUUGAUAAGUCACUACAUGGCAUCCACUUCCCCAAUCAUUCAGUGGAAAAACAGUUUUUAGGGAAUCUGAACACUGUGUCAACUUCAAGCAAUACAUCAAACACUAAACUUGAUGUCAUUGAUGGUGAUUUUUUGGGACUCCUGUUGGAGCAGAAAUUGAGAGAGUUGACAUCUGGUGUGAGAUCGCCCUACACUAAGACAACCAAAGGUGUUCAAGCGCAUCACACUUCAACAGCUUGGGAAGAUAUGGCAUCAGCAUGUGAAACAUCUAGCAUUGCUUCUACUGAUUAUGAUAGGGAGUCGUUACAAUCUUUCAAUGAUGGAAAAGCUACUCUCCCCCAGACCGAUCUUGCUUCUAGAAGUCUCCAGUCAUCUCAGCCUGUGAAGAAGUACGAUCACGAUGUCACGGAUCAAGCAGAGCCGCCUGAGCGUCUCGGCCGAGGUCCACUCUUCACAUGGGAGGCUUCUAUUUCAACCGAAACCUGUAGCUCAUCAGAGAGCUGGAGGAGUGCAAAGGGAACAAGAUUGUUUGGUUCAGCCGAAGGAGGCAGAACCUGUGACUCGACGCGCUCGAGCAAGUUCCUAGAAGCGGACGCCUCGUCAGAGUAUUCCGACACAGCCUCAUCGAUCACGGUGGCUACGACAGAGAUCCCUCGAUCAGAAAGCAACAGUUCAUGUCAUAUGGAUGGUAGACAGGAUCUGCAGUUUAUAAGAGAGAUACUGAAAGCCAGCUCUCCUGCCCGGCACAUCUUCUCUUAUCUGGAGCGGUUCGGCGAUUCAGGUGUUCUGGAUGCGCACGUAUUGGAGGAACUAAACGGGGAUAUUAGGCUGUUGGGUGGUGAAGAGCGCAAGGGUUACAGGCUGAGGCGGAGGCUGCUCUUCGACUGUGUCAAUGAAUCGUUGAGCGCGAGAUGCGCUUACUACUUCAACGGUGGCUACGGCCUGUGGUUCACGGGAACGGCGGUCCUGCAGAGCUUGUCGGCAGAAGGGAUCCACCGAGAGAUGACCGGCCUGCAGGUCGGCGAGGAGUGGAUGGUGGACGAGCUCGUGUACAGGGAGAUGAGUGGUCCUCUGGGGAGCUGGGUCGACUUCAAGGUGGAGUCGUACCAAGGCGGCGGAGACAUGGCGGCAGAGCUGCUAGGCUCCUUGAUCGACGAAGUGGUCGCUGAUCUUCUGACCACCGGCUCGUUCUCGUAGCGGAUGCUGGAUUGGAUGGAUCCUCCGCCCUCACUAACGAUACCUACCUUGUUUGUAUAUCGGUAGCUCGUCUCGAGAGGAAUUGUGUAGCUAGCGUUCCUAAGAUGAAUGGAAUGUCACUAACGUACCAUUCAUUCACUAUUCGAUGACUGAUCGUUUUCCUGUCAAAAGUGGAAAGAAAGGGGAAACAAAAAAGAAACAUUCUUGGCCUGUUCUAUGGGUAGUUUGAUCUACUCAGAUGGUCAUGUUGCAGGAAAAAUAGUAGCUGGACAAGUCAAUUUUGUGAAGCCACUGACAAUGGCUGUUAGUGUAGGUAUGACUGCAUUUUUGUUUAAAGGGUUCAAAGGAUGACUGGCUGAAUCUUAUUAAAAAGGUGGCGAAUUGUAUGCGCUUUUUAAA